AUGUCUCCGCAGCUACUUGUUAUCACCGGUGUCUCAGGCCAUGUGGGCUUCCGCGUGCUCGUUGAAGCUCUCACCAGAGGGUACAAUGCUCGAGCCGUGAUUCGCAAUGCAUCUCAGGCCGAUCAAAUCAAGGCCACCGAUUCCGUACAGCCGUAUUUGACCCAGGUUGAGUUCGCAGUAGUCCCGGAACUGCUCGUUCCAAGUGCCUUCCAUGGCGUACUUGACGGCGCGGACGGUGUAGUCCACGUUGCCUCUCCACUUCCUUCAGCAAGCCAGGAAUUCAAGCGCGACCUGAUCGAACCAGCCGUUAAAGCAACCUUGGGCAUUCUCAAGGCGGCAAAGAAGGUCCCGACAAUCAAGAGAGUUGUUAUUACCUCUUCGAUCGCUUCUCUUAUAACCUGGGACUACCUUGUAUCAUCCGAUACUACGAAAGUGUUCACUGUACGAGACACUUACACCCCGACCAACCUUGACGGUCCCUUCGCAAACGCCAUGGACGCCUACGGUGUCUCCAAGGCAGCAGCCCUUGCCGCCACGGAGCGCUUUAAGGAGGAAGAGAAGCCGCACUUUGAAGUUGUCAGCAUUUUACCCAGCAUGGUGACCGGAAAAAACGAGCUGAACCGAACGCCUGAGGAUGUCGGUAAAGGCAGCAACGGCACCACCCUUGGCGUUUUGCUAAACAACAAGAGCGAUACCCCAAGUCUCGGUGUGUCAGUCCACGUAAACGACGUGGCAAGAGCACAUAUCGACGCGCUGGACCCUGCGAUCCAGGGCAAUCGCAACUACCUCUGCUCUUCGGGCGGAGUCGAGGGCACCACCUGGGAAGACGCCAAGGAUAUCGUCAGACAAAACUUCCCUAAGGCCGUGGCUGACGGCAAUUUCCCCCUUGAGGGGAGCCAGCCUUCGCGGCCUAUUCGCCUAGACUCGUCUAAUACGGAAGAAGUCUUUGGGUGGAAGUUUGCAAGCUUUGAGGAGCAGGUGAAGAGCGUUGCGGAGCAUUAUCUGGAACUUUUGGCGGCGAAGUAG